AUGCCUCUAACUCAUAUAUUUGUCCUGUUUGUCGGUCCAGAGGCUCGGCUACUCCAAGCGAACUCUAAAGCGGCUUCAGCAACCACUUCCCUGCGUGCCAGUCCCAUUGUCGGCACUGGCGGCAUCUACGGCGGCGAUAUGAUGGAUGAUUUCGGCGGUGGAAUCGGUGUUGACUUCCUUCUUGCUUCCGCUUCCAGUGGAACUCCUAUAGUUAACUCGUUCACCGGGCAAAUGUCCCUUGGUUCUGUAGGCCCAGCAACCAGCAGCUCAUCAGGUGACUUGGCUGGCUCCAUGUCUCCGGCUAUUGGAGUUGGUCUAAAUUUGCAACAUUCGCAGAAUCGACAACAGCAGCAACAACAACAAAAUAUGCAAAUGGCUUUGGAUUCUAAUGCUUCUUCAUCCUCCACUUCCACAACUCCGACUACUGAGCCAGGCAAGCAACAGGCAAGUUCCUUUGGUAAAAAAUAUGAAAGGUUUCUUCACUAUAUUGUCAACUGUCUUUUUUUGGUAUAA